UAAAGUGGGCCGGAGGCCGGGGGGGACACGGGCCGGGGGCGCCCUGCUGUGACGUCACUCACGGUGCGGUGAGAGUCUCCGUCAGGACCCGCCGGAGGAGCGGAGCCGAGCGGAACAGCAACAUGGCUGCAGAUUACUGGGAGCCAGAAAGAUCCGAGACUCUGUCAGAUUGAACCGAGCCAGCGAUAACCCGGGACAGACCGGGAUCCCCCCACCCCUGGUGUGGUCUCCAGGCUGGCUGCUCCGCCCCCCUCAGCGUCACGCCCCCCCCUGCCCCCCCGGCCCCCCCUUAUGGAGAGGAUGAGGAAGAUCAAACGACAGCUGUCACUCACUCUGGGGAGGGGAGGGGCCGGGAGAGGGGACAGGACGCUGAGUGACACCAUCAGCCAGGAAGUGACAUCACACAGUGACUCAGAGGUGGCGUCUCUUCGUGGUUCCUCUGGAGGUUUGAAGGUUCGAGAUUCGUCGUCUUCAGUUCAGUCUCUUCUUCAGUCGUACAGCAGCUCACUGAGGAAACCUCGAGGCCUUGGACGCAGCCUGAGCUCCUACCUGAACCACACUGCACGCCUUGAGAUCGUCCAUGAGGAUGUGAAGAUGAGUUCAGAUGGAGAAAGUGAUCCGGCUUCUUCUUCAGAUGACGUUCAGAGUCCAGUUAGAGUCAGACUGAGAAACAAGAAGAUCUCUACUGAGGACAUUAACAAACGUCUCUCAUUACCGGCCGACAUUCGUCUUCCAGACGGUUACCUGGAGAAGUUUAAUCUGAUUGGUCCAGCUCUGUUUGAGCAGCCAAUCAGCAGAAGGCUGCGCAGAGUGUCUCUGUCAGAGAUUGGUUUUGGGAAACUGGAGACAUACAUCAAACUGGACAAACUGGGAGAGGGGACCUAUGCUACAGUGUAUAAAGGUCGCAGUAAACUGACUGAUAACCUCGUGGCUCUGAAGGAAAUUCGACUGGAACAUGAAGAAGGAGCUCCAUGUACUGCUAUCAGAGAAGUGUCUCUGUUGAAGGAUCUGAAACACGCCAACAUCGUCACGCUUCAUGACAUCAUCCACACGCAGAAAUCCCUCACACUGGUGUUUGAGUAUCUGGACAAAGAUCUGAAACAGUAUCUGGAUGACUGUGGAAACAUCAUCCAUGUUCACAAUGUCAAACUCUUUCUUUUCCAGUUACUACGAGGUUUGUCCUACUGUCAUCGGAGGAAAGUUCUCCACAGAGACCUGAAACCCCAAAACCUGCUGAUCAACGAGCGAGGAGAGCUCAAACUGGCAGACUUUGGUUUGGCUCGAGCGAAGUCAAUCCCGACGAAGACGUACUCUAAUGAGGUGGUGACGCUGUGGUACCGACCGCCGGACAUCCUGCUGGGCAGCACCGACUACUCCACUCACAUCGACAUGUGGGGUGUUGGCUGUAUCUUCUAUGAGAUGGUGACAGGUCGACCUCUGUUUCCUGGUUCCACAGUGGAAGAGGAGCUUCACUUCAUCUUCAAGCUCCUGGGUACUCCCACAGAGCAGAGUUGGCCUGGGAUCAGUUGUAAUGACGAGUUUGUGACGUACAACUAUCCUCAGUACAGAGCAGAGAGACUGAGUAACCACACUCCCAGGCUCAGCAGUGAAGGAGUGGAGCUGUUAUCAAAGUUCCUGCAGUUUGAGGGGAAGAAGAGGAUCUCAGCAGACGAGUCGAUGAAUCAUGAUUACUUCAGUAACCUUGGAAACAGAGUGAUGACACUUCCUGACACGACGUCUAUCUUCAGUCUGCCAGAGAUUCAACUGGAAAAAGAAACAAUCAGAUCAACAGUAACACCUGAUCCAGCGAACAGUCCAUCCAGGAGGCGAAGUCUACUCUUCUGACAUCAUCAGAGAGGCGGAGUCUGCUGCAGGACAAACCAAGGGAAAUUGAAAAGAAAGGAAAUGAUGAUUUUUUUCUGUGGAGGAGAAACUGAUGCAGAGGAACAGGAAGUAAAAGAAGAAGAAAACAAACUGAAGUCUUAAAUUAUUGUUUAUCAAGAGAUGAAGAACAAGAUGGCAGCCUGCUGUUUACACAGACAGACGCAAUAAUAAAUUACAGCAGCCAUCUGACCAAUCAGAGAACAGCAUGUUGUUACUGAUGGCAACAGAUCGUUUGGUUUCCAGAGUUCAGAGCUUUGAUGAAUGACUUAAAGCUUGUUGAACAGAUGUCUUCCAUUUUCACUGCACAGAUUAAACACAUAAACAUCAAGUUUUUAAAAGACUAACAGGAUCCUGGAAACCUGGAAUUCUGUGAUGCAGCUUUGUUUUCAUGGAAACACCUGGAUAUAGUCAGGUAUCACCUGUGUGAACACCUGAAGUGUCUGCAGCAGCACUGUUAGAGUUAAUCCUAACCCUGUUUACAUCGUAAACCGAAUGACAUCAGUGAUGAUAUCACAGAAACAGACUGAUGAUGUUGCAGGUUGGCGGAUCACUGUCUGGUCUUUUUGAGGCUGCAGGUGUUUGGGUUGUUGUUGUUGUUCUGGACUAAACUGAAACAUGAUUUUUAAAUAUUAUGUCCACCUUGUUUAUAGAGCAACACCUGACAAAACAGGAAGAUUCGUGUAAAUAUUCUCAUUUGUUAACAUACAAAAUAAAACAGAUUAAUAACUCGUCAUUCAUUUGGACUGCAAACUUUUACCUGAAUUAAAACUAUAUUUGUUUCAAUUUAAAAGCAGAACAUCAAACAUCUGAAAGACGUGACCAGAGUUCAUCAUCAGUUCAGACAGGAAGUGCUGCAGAUAAACAGAUUUUCACCUGUUUUAUACUCAGAACUGAAUAGAAACUAUGCGACUGAAGGAACAGGAGAUGAUGAAAAAUUAUGGAUUUUUUAAACUGCAGUCUUCAGAGUUUAAAGGUCUUUAUAAUCUGUUUGUGUUUCGUAUUACAUUUACACUAAUGUGUUAUUUAUUAUAAAACAGACUGAAACUCUUUAAUAGCCUGCAGGAGAAGCCAUUUGUUCAAACAGAAAUCUGCAGAAAAGAAACUUUGACUGACUGUUUUAUUCUGAAAGUGUGAAACUGGUUUCUGCUGUUCUGCAUGUGUGUGUGUUGUACACUCAGACUGUACGCUGUAAUACUGUUAAUACAUAUACUAAUGCUGUAAAAGAUACAGUAAUGCUGUAAAUCUGAAGUAAACAGCUCUGAGUCACUAGCCUGGCAUCACCAGAUUAUUUCGCAAAUGCGUGUUAGUCUGGAACCUCUUAGUUCAUUUUCGAUUUCCAAGGGGCGCAGACCAAAGUGCCUCUGGACGCAAAUUGGAAAGACCUACAACCAAUCAACACUAAAAUGUGUUUCUGAAAACAUUUGAGGCAGGAAAUAGGCAACACAGUUACAGAAUCUGGAUUCAUGUUGAUCAGCACUGCCUAGUUUGACAGUUUGAUCUGAGUUUCGUGAGCCUGGUGCCUUGCGCUGUAUCAACCAAUCAGAGCAGCGAAACGUGUGACCGGUGACGCUCCUCUGUCAGUCAUCUUAUCAAACCCGCCCCAUAUUAGAUAAACAGCUGUCAUUGGCCCGACCGAAUCCAGGACGGAUGGAAAUCUGUUUGAAUGGGAGACGAGCCAGACGUACCUGCCGAGCAAAUGAAACUUGCGCUCUGCAGAUUCGUCGGGUUCCCAGGCUGGUCACAGGAACUGUUUUCUCUGUGUCUCAUUAAUUUAUCAAUUCAUUUAUUGUUUUUAUUUUAUUGGAUAAGUUGUUUUUCCUCACUGAGACUGUCAGGAACCAGGAUGAUGUGAUGUCACCAGAGCCUCAGUGACAUCACCUCCCCCUCCUCCCUGAACCACAUGGCAUGUCAGAGGACAGUGGGGGGCUCUGAUUGGCUGAUUUAGUUUAAAAAAACAGUGAGCAGAUCAGAGCUUCACAAACAAAACAAAAUGUUUCUGUUCACAUCGACAAUUUUAAUAGAACUCGGAAUAGACAUUCUGAACUGAUUCAGGGCCUCGCGAUGAAGGGUUCACCCUCACCUGCUCAGAGUCCAGGUGUCAAUGGGAGGGGCUUAUCUGAAACCAUGGGCAAGGCUUGUAUGAAGGAGGAGUUUUGAUUGGGUCUGGUGGCAUGCUUGGUCUAAGGUGGGGGGCGGGCUUAUCUGAGGAUGGGGGCGGAGCUUUGUCUGCAGUUUGUCAAUUUCUGUUUGUCUUGAGAUUCUUGUCCCUUCAGACAAAGUUCGUGAUUUCUUUGUAAAACUUUUUUCAGGUUUAGGAGCGUUAAUAUUUGUUAAAGAAACUGAUGUUGUUGCUGAUGUGAAUUUUUAUUUUUUCGCUGUGAAGAAAUAUUAGCAAUAGAGAAAUAUUGAUCAGAAGACAAUAAUGAUUGAUCAGAGUGUUAAUAACGAUGUGUUUGACUCAGAGGCAUCUGAGUCUAUAAUCUGCUGUAAAAAUGUCACAUAUAUACAUGUUUGUAUGUGAGAGGUUAGAAAUAUACAGUGGCCAUAAAAAGAAUGCACCUCCUUCAUGUUUUAUUGAAUAUCAGUGAAUUAGUUUGUUGCUGAUCAGCAGAACUCUUAAUUUCAAACUGAAAAAACAAAUCUAAAAUACAAAAUAAUUGAUUGGUAAUCUAAACUGGACACAUAUUUUGGGCUGAACACUUUAGGAAUCAGAGAGAAAAUAAUAAAUAAUAGCAUUUCCAAAGUGUUAAAUAUCAGAGUACAGAAACAAGAAAAUGUCACAGUUGUGUUUAAUAUUUUUAAAUAAUUUAGGUUAAUGUGUAGAGAAAGUUUGACUUAUAUAAUAUUUUCUGUUGCUCAGCGUGAAAACAUUUUAAUUACAUCCACUGAGACUCAAAGUAAAGAAACAAUAAAAAGUGGAGGAGGUGGAUUCUCCUUAAAGGCAGCAAAUCAGAGAACAGGAGUUUCUGACUGCAUAGUGUUUUCUGUGUUUCUGUGAAUGAAAUGUGUUGAAGGAAGUGAUGUAACAGGGCGGAGUCAAAGUGAAGCUUAGCCAUGUUAAUGUUGAUGAUGAAUGACUGUUGAAUGUAACUACAAACUGUUGAUGUGGUCAGUAGUUUACAGUAAUAAUGUGUACAGAGUUAUUGAUUAUUACAGAUCAUUUUUUAAUCUGCAGUGUUGUUGUUCCUCAGCUGCUGUUCAACUGCACUGAAAACAGCAUUUAGAUCUGAAACUAAAAACCAGACGUCCCUUCAAAGGUCACCGAUUCAUCUGGAUUUUUGUUUUCAGAAACAUGAACCGAUGUAAAGUGGUUAACUCAGAUCAGAGUGAUCCAGAUCACUUAGUAAACCGGGUUCAGGAGCAGGUCGCUGAGAUCCGAUGGAUACUAAACAUGUAAACACCUCACAGAUCAACAGGUGUGACGCCUGGUUUCAGAUCGUCAGUUAAACUGUACAGAGAUAUUUAAGAGUUAAAACCAGCAGUUAAUGUGACACUAAGAAAUCAGUUCAUUCAGGCAGCUGUGACAGAAAUCACUUUUUCAUCUGAUAUAUUGACAAAGUACGUCAAACAGAAAAUGAGCUGCUGACCUCAGAUCAUCACUGAGGAACAUGAACAGCCGGUUAUUAUUAAUGUUGAGUCUGAUUUCAAAUUUUGGGAUGUUGGUGUUGAUAUGAUAACGUAGCAUCAACACUGAUUUCAAAAAGUAAAGAUUUAAUGUCAUAAUCAUUAAAUAUCUGAUCUGAGAAGAAGAAUCAAACAUUCACUGCCUGAUCUUUUUCAUCCUCACAGUUCCAGUUCAGUCAUUAUGAAGAAAUAAGUUGAAAACACAAAAUCUCUUAGAGUGAAUCAUCACAAAGUUUAGAUUAGAAAAAUAAGCAGAAUUUAUUUAUUAGUUUAUUAAUCUCUGGUUUGUUUACUCUGUUAGAUAAUUGUGUUGUUUAGAAUAAAUCAAACUUUAAUAAGCUGUGGGGAAAUGUUUGUUUGUAGUACGCAUGGAUCCAGAUGCUGUUUUCGCUGCUUUUGUAAAUUAAUUAACACGCUUUGUUUUGGUCGACACCAUACCAAAGUUAUCUGCAAUAUACUGCACUGCAUGAUGGGAUUCUUCCAGAUAACUUCUAUGCUGUUUAUUCUUUGAAAAAUCUUCCAUCUGCCAAGAAGGCACUGCGACUUAUCUGAUACUAUAAGUGAUCUGCAUACUUGAAAUAUCAGUCAGAGUAUGGAAAAUAAAGUAUAUCCUGUUAUUGUGUACAAAUAUGAUUACUACGUAUUCUGGAUAUAUUUAAAGUAUAUAAAUAUACAUUAAAAUUCUUUAUUUAUUA